UAGUGGAGGAGCGAAGUGUCUCCACGUGAAGCGGUGUGAGCAUGGCGUCGAUUCAGGAGCCGGAGGUCCAAUUCGCACAGAAACUGGCCUCCAAUGAGAAAUCGACCCGGACCAAGGCUAUCAAGAAACUGAGGAAAUACAUCAGUGUCAGGUCACAGAAAGCGGCAGGUGGGUUCAGGAGUGAUGAGCUGCUCAAGCUGUGGAAGGGUCUGUUUUACUGUCUGUGGAUGCAGGACAAACCACUGCUGCAGGAGGAGCUGUCAAAACAGAUCUCCACCCUCAUCCACAGCUUCCACAAUUCUGACGGACAGUUUUUAUACCUGGAGAGCUUCCUGCUGACCUUCAAGAGAGAGUGGACCGGGAUCGACAGGCUGCGGAUGGACAAGUUCUUCCAGCUGGUUCGCUUCAUGUUCAGACAAACGUUUGAGCUGCUGAAGAAGAAAAACUGGGAGAGCAGUGAGGUCUCCAGGUUUCUGCAGCUGCUGGUGGCUCAGCUCCUACAGAGUGGUAGCGAAGCACCCAGCGGGCUGCAGUUCCACAUCCUGGACCUUUACAUGACUGAACUGGCAGCUGUGGGCUCAGCAGAGCUCACAGCUGAUCAGAACCUGACGUUCAUUGAGCCGUUCUGCAAAACAGCCGCUAGAACCAAAGAUCGGAGUCUUUUUGGAGCCAUCUGCAACAGCAUCUUCAGCACCAUUAUUGACCAGGCUCCCUUUGCCAUUGAAGACUUGAUGAAGGAGGUGAAAGCAGCUGAGGACUCAGAAUCAGAAGACGCCUCUGAAAAGGACCUCAUAGACCAGAUAAAAGACAAAAACAGCAAACCACUCAGCAAGAAAUGGACAGGGAAGCAGGUCAAUGGUAGUACAUCAGAUGAGGAUGACGAGUUUCUUCACUUGGAAGACUCGGACACAGAGCUGCUAGGUGAUGAUGACAUCGGACCAGUUCUACAGUUUGACUAUGCGGCCCUGGCAGACAAGCUGUUGGAGUUGUCAGGUCGGAGCAGCACACCGAGCCAGAACAGACAGAGACUCUACAAGAUCAUCAAAGUGCUGCGUGACCUCGGUGAAGGCAUCUUCCCUCAGGAUGAGUAUCCAGAGGAGGUCUCCACAGAUGAGGAUGAUGACAUGUUUGGCAGCAGGAAGAGGAUGAAGAGAGGAGGAGGUCACAUGGAGGAGGAUGAAGAGGGAAACCCAGCAGCGAAGAAGAGUAAAGGCAAGAAAAAGGAAGCAUCAACACUCAACAAGCAAAGCAAUGACCAGGGAAAAGAUGAACAAGCAGACCUGAACUCUAAUGAUGAAAACAAAAAGAAGAAAAAGAAGAGGAAGAAAAAGAAAGCAGGGAAGGAUGAGAGUACAGGUGUUGAGGAAAAUGCAGAGAAGUCCGAGCAGGGACACAAUGAGGCGCAAGCUCCAAGUACAGUUAAAGAGACUGAAGGAAGUCCACAGUGCUCACGAGCUGCAGAGGCUCAAAGCUCUAUCUCAUCUGUAAAAGUCACAGCAGCAUCUACUUCAGAGGGUCAGUCAGAAACUCCGGUCCUCUCUGAGGUCAAGAAAAAGCCUUCAGUUACAGUCACAGAAGAAGCCAGCACCACAGACAACAAGGACCAAUCUCAAACCGUUUCAAAGAAGAAGAAAAAGAAGGACACGUCUGAGCCUAAACCUCAGGGAGCAGAGACAGGAGAGGAGCAGCAGACUGCUCAAGUGUCCCCUGAAGCAGACGCUCCAGUCUCUGGGAAGAAGAAGAAGAAGAGGAGCCUGGAAGCUGAGUCACAGACAGAUGAGGUUGAGGCUCAGUCACAGGUGAACACAGAGGCAGAGAUCACAUCAGGAAGUUGUGAAGAAACCACAAUGACAACACCAGAGACCAACGCUCUAACUCCUUCCAAGAAGAAGAGUAAGAAAAAGAGCCUCAAGGCUGAUGCACAGGUUGAGGUGGACACUGAGAUCUCAUUUGAAGCAUCACAAUGCACCGCUGCAGUGCCACUUAAAAAGACAAAGAAACAGAUACUUGAAUCUUCAGCUGCUGUAAAUGAAAGCACCAGAACACCACUGAAGAACAAAAGGAAGAAUAAUCAAAAAGAAGCGAAGACUGCAGAGGAAGAGGAGCGAGUGGCAGAGGAAACCCUUCAGACGGUGGAUGCUGAGAAGCUGCUGCUUGAGAUCACCAUGACAACACCAACAAAGAAGAAAAAGGCUCCAAAAGCAGGAAUCCAGACGCCUGAGAUCACUGUGGAUAAAGAGCUCCCAUUGGAUGAAACUGAGGUGGUUUCUUCCUCCAGGAAACCAACCAAGAAGAGGAGGAAGAUCCCUGUGGUGUUUGAGUUUGAGGCUGAUGAACAGGAGGCCAAGUCAAUCAAUGGCCUCACAGAAGAAGAGAUGGUCGCCAAGAAGACAAAACUGGGAAGUGAUGUUGACAAGCCAUCCACACCUCUGAGCUCUAAAAAGUCUCUAAAGAAGGCGAAGACCGCCUCACAGCCGCUGUCUGACUUCAUCACCUUUCAGAGCAACACUGUGGCGCCAACACCGCUCUUCUGCAAGACAAAAGGAGGCUGCAGCACCCCCCUGUCCAGGAAGAAGAAGAGUCAAACACCCAAAUCAGAAUCCAAGAAGGUGACCUUUGGUCUCAAGAAUAACAAAACAGCUGAGUUCAGGAAGACUGAUCGCAGCCUGCUGGUGAGUCCAGACGGGUCAUCACGAGUGGCCUUUGACCCAAAGCAGAAACCCAAGUUUGGGGUCUUGAAGUCUCCGCCCACACCACGUUCCACCACCAUCAAAAAGAAACCCAACGCCAACAGGAAGACAAGUUUGAAUACUCAAAAGAGUACACCUAAACGACGACCCUCAGCGGCAGAUUUCUUUUAACUUCCCAUGUUGAUUGUAGAUACAGAUGUAAUACUCUCUGUGAACUUUUUAAUAAUAGACACAUCCUGUUUUAGAGAGAGGUAUUUUUAUGUUUAUCUGAUAUCAGUUGGUUUUGCUUCUUUGAGUGACUUGAUGUUUGAAUAAAGUUACUCAUUCCAGCUUUUCCAUAUUUUUCAAAUGUUCACUUCCUGUGAUUGAUUUUAAUACAGAAUACUUUAGUAUUUUGAAUAUGAAGAAACUGUAUUUUGCCGAAAUGUUUUGACAUGAGGACAAUCCUUAAAUGGGUCUACUACAUCUUUACACAGGUCGAAUUCAAGGCAUUUCAGUGUAAAUGUGAACAAAUGUUUGAGAGUAAAAGCAGAAAUAAUGGUUAAGUGUAUAGUUUCUGUAAAACUUAAGGACAGAAGAUCUGUCGUAAAACAAUAAUGCCCAUAUGCACAUUGAAACCAUUUGUGCUCACUGUAGUCAUUCCUCCUGUUCAUGCAUGAAUGGAAGAGAUCAAUCAAAUCAAACAAUCCAGUCGUCUUUCUAUGUAUAAAAAAUUCAAAUAUCCUUAAAGGAGCUAUUCGUAAGUUUUGCCACACAGCCAGUGUUACUAUUUACAGCUGUUUACUUACCCGUCUCACCAAGAGUUUCAGUUAUCGUUGAAUUUUCAAUACAAGAGGUUAUAAUAUAUCCUCUGCUACUACUACAGCUACUUCUUUAGGCCAGACUGUACCAGAGCUAGCUGGUUGGCAUAAUAACUUCAGUAGAAGGAAAGCAAGACAACCAUCACUGCAGCUCUCCACUGAUCUGGGCUUUAUGUCAGUGUCCAAACAUAGCCUCUCCUCGGUGACAGUUUGUAAAGAAGAAAACUAAAGGACUCUGAGACAGAGAAACCAGAUUUUUUGGUCUGAUGAGACCAGGACUGUUUGGUCUUGUCUGGAGGAAACCAGUCAGGCCAUAGAAUUGCUGGGCAGUGCCACUAUUGAUGCAUUUGUGUAUCUGUGCUACCACAGCCAUGCCAACAUACAUUCAGAACAUUUGGAUUCAUUUUAUUUAAUCUUGGUUGAAU